AUGGGGGUGAAAAGAGUUGCCGUGAUUGGUGCAGGGGUCAGCGGACUUGGCGCCAUUAAGUGCUGUCUGGAGGAGGGACUAGAACCUACGUGUUUUGAAAAGAGGAGUGACAUCGGAGGACUGUGGAAAUAUGAGGAGAUAUCAACAAGUGGAAAUCCUGGGAUAUACAAAUCCUUAACCUGCAAUACAUCCAAGGAGAUGACAGCCUUCAGCGACUACCCCAUCCCUGAUCAUUUCCCCAACUACAUGCACAACUCCAAAAUGAUGGAGUAUCUCAGGAUGUAUGCCAGACACUUCGGGCUCAUGAAACACAUCCAGUUCCAGACAAAGGUGUGCAGUAUAAAGAAGCGCCCUGACUUUUCAUCUUCUGGUCAAUGGGAUGUGGUGGUAGAGUCCGAGGAGACACAGAAAACCUACAUUUUUGAUGGGAUAAUGGUUUGCAGUGGUUACUACACUGAGAAGUACUUUCCUUUACAAGACUUUGAAGGAAUCAGCAAGUUUCAAGGCAGCUGUCUCCACAGCUGGGAGUACAAGGAUCCAGGCAAUUUCGUGGGGAAGAGAGUGGUCGUGAUUGGCCUUGGGAAUUCUGGAGCAGAUGUGGCAGGCGAGAUCAGCAGGGUCGCUGAACAGGUUUUCCUCAGCACAAGACAAGGGGCAUGGAUAUGGAAUCGGGUUUGGGAUCAUGGGAAUCCCAUGGACGCCACACUCUUCACUCGUUAUAACAGAACAGUCCAAAAGGUCUGCCCCAGAUACCUGAUCAACAGACAGCUGGAGAACAAGUUAAAUACAAGGUUUAACCAUGCCAAUUACGGGCUGCUGCCUCAGCACAGGAUUCUUGACCAGCGAACAGUCCUCAGUGAUGAUCUGCCACAUCGCAUCAUUAUUGGGAAAGUGAAGAUAAAACCAAAUGUUAAAGCGUUCACAUCAACAUCGGCUAUCUUUGAGGAUGGAACUGAGGAGAACAUAGACGCUGUCAUCUUCGCCACAGGCUAUACAUUGUCAUUCCCUUUCUUGAGUGAUGACUCAGGGGUCCUAGACAGCCAGUACUCCAUGUUUAAAUAUGUCUUCCCUCCUGAGCUAGAGAAGCCAACUCUCGCCUUCAUUGGACUCAUCCAGCCAAUAGGAGCCAUCAUACCCACAUCUGAGCUCCAGAGCCGAUGGGUUGUGCGUGUGUUCACAGGACUAAAAACAUUGCCUUCAAGGAAAGCCAUGAUGGCCGACAUCAACAGAAAGAAUCAAACACAGACCAAAGACUCUAAGAAAAGUCGCAAAGUCUCUCGCAUAGUAACAUUCGUUGACUACAUGGAUGAAAUUGCUUCUGAGUUAGGUGUCAAACCUAACCUGCUCUCUCUCCUCUUCUGGGAUACAAAGCUGGCUAAGGAAGUUUUCUGUGGUCCUUGCACCGCUUACCAGUACCGUCUACAGGGGCCGGGGAAAUGGGCAGGGGCUCGGGCAGCCAUCCUCACUCAGAGAGAAAGGAUUCUCAAACCCCUGAGAACCCGGGUGGUCAAACAGUCUCACCUCUCUCACAUGUUCUGGAUCAAAAGUGUUUGUGUUGUCGUUUUCUUCUUUAUUUCCAUAUUAGUUAUCAUGCAUAUCACAAGUCACUAA